CUUAAAUGCAAAAAAAAUAUAAAUAUUGUCAAACAGUCUAGAGAAAGAUGUUCAAAGGGACAAAUAAAGAGGCAGAAAGACAGAGGAUAGUGCUUUGAAGUGAGAAAAAUCCAUAUCUUGAAAUAUAUCAUUUUUUUAGAUUUGCAGAUCACAAGAUAUAACAAAUGCACCAAAAUGCAUACAGUUAAAAACUCUUUUGGAAAAUACUGUGGAUAGUGCCACAAAAGCUGGUACUGUCAAAGUAGAGAUAGAGAAUCUAAAUAAGUAAGGAAAUCUGAGGUUCAAAGGAUUAUUAUAUCACAAAUAGACUUUCACAGUGUCAACAUUAGGGAAAUAGUUUGUAAAAUAUUACCAAGUUAGCUUGCCUCAUGUCUUAUUCAUGCUAUUACCAACAUGGUUUGUUCCAUGUUUAUCUUUCUGUCUCGUGAUAUUCAUACUUUACUUCAUUUCUAAAUUGUUUAAAUGAAUAAUGAAGCAUCUAUUCAUUUUUAGGAACAAGACAGUAUGAGGUUUUAAUGCUGGUUGACCGGCUCCUUAGAAGGAUUUCACAGUGUCGUGAAUCAUUUUGCUCCUAGAAUGAUUCACUUUGGUUAUGCAGGGAUGACAAGCAGGUAAACAUAUUGAUUAUAAUUGAUUAGCUUGGGGGUUUGGCCACAAUUAUUGUGACAAUACCUGUAUAUUGUUUGGUCGAUUUGAUGGGACUCUAGCCAGGUCUAACAAUAGUUUAUGCCAAAUACAUUCAUAAGAAAGAAGUCAUUGUUCCACAAAGAUACAGAAUCUUACAACUUUCUUCUUAGGCAUAUAGCAAUGUGACAAAUUAUAAUGUAUAAACAUAAGGGGUUUAUAAAAUGUUACAAAAUCUUAUAUGGCAUGUGUAAUUUUUAUUAACAAUGAUCCAUACUGGAGUAAACAUCACAUGUUAUUUUAUGUAUCUACUACAGUUUUACUUAUACCUGUUGCCAAAGAUGCGCUUUUUUGUCUUUCGUGUGUGUUAUUCAGAGCUGAUAACAAUUCGUCCUUUACAAAGGAAAUAGGAUAUACAAACUGGUCAAACAGAGGCGCAUCAGUGAAAAAGCAUAACGCCACUGACCUUCACAAGGGCAAUACAAUUGGAUUAGAUAACUUCUACAGAAUUGGUAUUAACAAUAACAAUGACGGAGACGUCGUGGAGUUACUUGUUAAUGAGGAUGAUAGGAUAAUCAGAACAAACAAAGAGAUAAUGCUCGCUAUCUUGGAUGCUGUCAUAUUCCUUGGGUCCCAAAACAUGGCCUUCCGAGGCAAAGAAGAUUUGUCAAAUUGUAUGUCCCUAGUCAAAUACACGGCCUCAAAAAGUCAAGUUCUUCAAGAUCAUUAAAAUAGCGCACCAAAAUAUGCAACCUACCUCUCCCCUGAACUACAAAACGAACUGAUAAGUUUGUGUGGUGAUCAGAUCCGAAGUAUGAUUAUACUUCCUGGUUUGGAAUCUAUGCCUCUACACUUCAUGAUUGAAUUAUGACCCUAAUAAGUGGCCUAUACAUCAAUACAGUGC